UCUUUAUCCCUCUCUUUAUCCCCAUUCUCUCCCUCACGAAAACCCUAGCCCCCAAAUCAGAAAACCCUAAUUUCCGCCGCCUCUCUCUCUCUACACACUUCAAUGGCGAAAAAGCGAAAAACCAGAGCUUCCGAAGUCGCCCCCGCCCCACAACCCGUCGAAGAACCCGCAACCAUCAAACAAGAAGAACCCGAAAACAACGACGUCGUUGAAGAAGAAGAAGAAGUAGAAUACGAAAACGUCGUAGAAGAAGAAGAAGAAGAAGCCGAAUACGAAGAAGAAGAUGAUAACGACAACGAAGAUGAUAACGAAGAGGAAGAAGAAGAAACACCUGGAUCUGGUAACGACGCCGUUAACGGUGGCGUUAAAAAGGAGCAAGGCAAUGAUGAAGAUUUAGAAGAUGAACCGCUCGAGAAGCUUCUAGAACCUUUUACAAAGGAUCAAUUAACAGCACUUAUUAAAGAAGCUUUAACAAAGUACCCUGAUUUCAAGGAAAACAUACAGAAAUUAGCUGAUAAAGAUCCCGCACACCGCAAAAUCUUCGUUCAUGGUUUAGGCUGGGAUACCACCGCCGAAACGCUUACCAGUGUUUUCGGAAUUUAUGGGGAAAUUGAGGAUUGUAAGGCGGUAACGGAUAAGGUUUCCGGGAAAUCGAAGGGUUACGGGUUUAUCCUGUUUAAGCAUCGGAGUGGCGCGAGACGAGCAUUGAAGGAGCCACAGAAGAAGAUUGGUACAAGGAUGACUUCGUGUCAGUUGGCUUCGGCUGGGCCUGUACCGUCGCCUCCACCCAGCACGGCUGCGCCGGUGUCUGAGUAUACUCAGAGGAAGAUUUUUGUGAGCAAUGUAGCUGCGGAGUUGGAGCCACAGAAGUUGUUGGAGUUUUUCUCAAAAUUUGGUGAAGUUGAGGAAGGGCCACUUGGAUUGGAUAAACAAACGGGGAAGCCGAAAGGGUUUUGUUUGUUUGUAUAUAAGAGUGUUGAAGGUGCUAGAAAGGCAUUGGAGGAGCCACAUAAGACGUUUGAAGGGCAUACACUUCAUUGUCAGAAGGCGAUUGAUGGGCCGAAACAUAAUAAGAAUUUCCAUCAGCAGCAUCAGAAUCAGUCGCAACAGCACUACCCCCAGCACCAUCAUCAGCAACAGCCGUAUUAUCAGCAUCCUGCAAAGAAAGGGAAAUAUUCAGGUGGCAGUGCAGGAUCAGGAUCAUCUGGGCAUUUGAUGGCUCCUUCGGGGCCUGCACCUGUGGCAUACAAUCCUGCUGUGGCAGCUGUGACACCAGCUCUUGGACAGGCAUUGACAGCCCUGUUAGCUACACAAGGAGCUGGUUUGGGGAUUGGGAAUUUGCUUGGAGGUCUUAGUGGGCCAGUGAAUCAUCAGGGUGUUCAACCAGUGAUGAACAAUGCUGCUGGAUAUGGUGCUCAGGGUGCUGCUGCUGGCUAUGGGGCUCAGCCUCAUAUGCAGUACCAAAAUCCACAGAUGCAAGGUGGGGCAAGACCACAAGGUGGUGCACCAUACUCGGGCUAUGGAGGCCACUAGAAAGACUUAAGGGGCUGAGCAGGUUGUUCUCGUGGCAUUGUUUUGUCAAGAUGGAUGCCUUAUCAGAUAUGCAGAAUUGUUUGUACUGAUGUGUUUGAGAGAAUGUGGGUAAAAUGCAUAGUAUGGCAUUUCUGUCAUGAGGUGAUAAAAUUGAUCAACAUUCCACUUGCGCUUUGUCAUUGAGUAGCCAUCUUACCAAUUCUAACCCAACUCGAUGAUUGCUACUCGGUUGAGUUGACCCUGUUCGCUCUGUACUCUUUCAAAAUUGGGAAGACAAUGAAGUAAAGGUUCUUGCCCCAUGGAAGAUAGAUGCACAAGAAACUAACAAUGUAAAUUGACGUGACAGAAUCUUGUGGGAGACUGGGAGGAACUUGGCAAAGCCUCUGGUGAUUUCUAACUACCUUCUAAAACCAACAAAGAAAAUUGAUGAGGUCCAAGAGACUGGGAUGCGCUUGGCUUUGCUUCUAUGGAUCUCAGACUACCUUCUAACAUUGAAUAGUGUUGUAGUUUUGAGUUUCUAGGUGUGAAUCAUUUACUAGCAUUGAACUGUUUUUAGAUUUGGGUUGAUGGAAGGGCGGGGUCAAUAGGUCUUAACAACAUGUUCUUUGCUCUAGUUAUUGUGCUUCCAGGUUUGGAUCACAAUUAGAACUGUGAUUUCUCAAUUGGGUAAAUGAAUGUAGCUGAUAUAUUUCAAAUUAUCUUUAAUCCAAUACAUCUUUUGGUGAUAAAA